AUGAGACACGCAAAGCAGCUUCAGGCAAAGCUUCAGUAUUUUCGUGGACUGCUAGAUGGUGCUACCUUGACAGGUAAUCAGGCAUCAUUUGUCCAAAAAUGCUCUGUAGAAUUAUGGAGCACAUUAGAAGCCAUCGAUCGCCACUCGAAUGAUAUUCAUGACGAUAGCAACGUCGACGAACCUCAGUCCAUCGAAGUGCAUGACAUUGCUGAUGCAUCCGUACAAUUCAAGAUCUUGCCAACCAUAGACUCUGGGAGCCACGGAGGGUGCAAUACGAGAACUGUGUCGGAGAACAACGCGGCGCCAAAUAAUCCUGCGAUUUUACCACCGCUUUCAAGCUUAGGUCUGAAGUUUUCGAGCCAAUCUAAAAGUACCGGGGAGCAGAUCAAGAUCAAGACAACGACAGUCGCACCUUCCUCGUCGCCACAUCCAGAGUUGAAAUCAUCGGCCCAAGUGUUCGGCGACAGGCAUACUGGUCCCUUCGCAAAAUGUGCACUUCCUCCAAUAUCGUCGUGGUAUUCAUCUUCGCCCACUUCACCGAAAAUCUUGCAUGGACCAACGUCCGUCCUUCCUAAGACAUCUGGGACUUUACCUGCUCUCAUCGCCCAUUCCCAUCUUGGUCCAAAUACAUACGCUAAUGCAGGAAAUAAGCAAGAUACCGAUGCUAUUCUUACUCGGAUGGCUCCCAGUGAUGGACGGCACAGACAAAACUACUUUCACAUACCAGGCGAAUUCGAUGAGCACGGAUAUAGUUCGCCAGACAGUCUUACGGGGAGUAUUUCGUCGUGGCAUUUGUCCGCAUCGUGGUUUUCACAAUCUCCCAAAACAAGACAUAGAACGGAUACGCGACCGGCACCUCGUCCACGAGGUUCGGACGGCGAAUGGUUACACGACAGGGCACCAAUCGCCCCUGAAGUUCAAAAUGUCAACGGAUCGUCGACCAAUGCGACUCCCAAGCUUAUAGUGUCAAACUUACACUAUGAGUUGACAACCAAGGAUCUUACUCAAAUCUUUGGGCAAGUAGGCACGCUAGUUCGUGAGCCACUCAUCAGGUACGACCGCAGCGGCCGGUCGUCCGGUGUCGCUAUCAUCUCAUUCGAGACUACACCAGAGGCAACAGCUGCAAAGCAGCGUUAUGACGGGAAGCUUGCUAAAGGACAACCCAUGUCCAUUGCAUUUCAUCAAAUGCAGCACCCAGCAACUCGAAAGGGCCGCACCACCACUGGGUCAUCCCUACUCAAUCGGAUACAAAAGCCUCCCCUUCUUGAUCGCCUAAGUCGCACGCAAAGCGAACCACGCGAUGUUUCCAAAAAAAGUGGACCCGGGCCUGUGAGGACAAAAUCUCGUCCUGUUAGGGAACCUCGUGCCCCGAAGAAGCCAAAAACAGCAGAAGAUCUCGAUAAGGAGCUGGACGCGUAUCUCAAAGACGAUGCUAAGCCUCCGCCUGCAGGAGUAGCGCCGCAGGCCAACGAGGAUGUUGACAUGGUCUGA